CACGACUAUCCCGCAGUGAACCUAUUGUGUAAUUAGAGUAGAAAACACCUUCGACCAUGACUGCUACCCCCCGUUACUACCCUGCCGAGGAUCUUCCUGCUUCCAAGCCCACAUACAGGGUAAAGCAGAACGUAAGUGCGAUUAGCGGAGUGACGAUGAUGGAGGUGAMGAUGGUGUUGUUGGUUGUAUGGGCGCCGUUCAAUUCUGCCCCAAUGAAGGUGGUGGUGGCACCAAGCAAACGUUCGGCGUGAUGCGUUCAUUGAAGAUUUCCUCACGCUUAUYCGUUCUCUUUAWUUGUUUCCUUCUGAACAAAUGUGUGCUACCGAAAUAAAWUAUUUAUUCAGCCUCCUAGAAUUCGCAAAUCUAUCACUCCCGGAACCGUACUAAUUCUCUUGGCAGGACGAUUCCGAGGAAAGCGUGUAGUCUGUUUGAAGGCCCUUGAAUCCGGUCUUAUUCUUGUUUCUGGACCUUACAAAAUCAAUGGAGUUCCACUUCGUCGUGUAAACCAAGCAUACGUCAUUGCUACUUCGUCGAAGGUCGAUGUUUCGGGAGUCGAUGUUUCCUCCAUCAACGAUGAAUACUUUGCCAGAUCCAAGGACGCCAGCACAGAAGGAGAAGAGGAAUUUUUCAUGGGAGACGCACCAAAGGCCGCCAUUGUAAGCGACCAGCGCAAAGAAGACCAAAAGAAGGUCGACGCUGCCCUUCUCAAGGCCGUCGCAUCCGUUGAUAUGAUGGAAGCAUACCUUGCCGCUCAAUUCACUUUGAACCCCAACGACAAACCGCACCUGAUGAAAUUCUAAAAAACGCAAUUAUCAGUUUUCCUCAUCUGCCGUGCCUCAUCGAUUGCUACUUUUACAGUACGAUCUAUUAUAAAAAUACCCCCCUAUCUGCACCUGCCUGCUGUUUUUCCAAGAGACAACUCAGGCAUACCUCUUUCCACGUAGUCGAACUUGUAUCGUACGUUUUGAAUAGAGUAGCUCCGUCACA